AUGGCCACCACCAACGAUUUCCCCGCAAGCGACGUCAACGCCUACGACUAUGUGAUUGUCGGAGGUGGUACUGCAGGCUGCGUUAUCGCGAGCCGCUUAGCCCAGUACUUGCCUAACAAGCGCAUCCUGCUAAUUGAGGCUGGCCCUAGCGACUAUAUGGACGACCGUGUCCUUAACCUGAAGGAGUGGCUCAAUCUGCUGGGGGGCGAGCUGGACUACGACUACCCGACUGUUGAGCAACCAAUGGGUAACAGCCAUAUCCGCCACUCUCGCGCAAAGGUUCUGGGAGGUUGCUCGAGCCACAACACUUUGAUCUCGUUCCGUCCCUUUGAGUAUGACUGCAAGCGAUGGGAAAGCCAGGGAUGCACAGGGUGGUCAUUUGAGACUUUCACUCGCGUGCUUGAUGGCCUGCGCAACACCGUUCAGCCUGUCCACGACCGACACCGUAACCAGCUGUGCAAGGACUGGAUCCAAGCCUGUUCGACGGCAAUGAACAUUCCCAUCAUCCCCGACUUUAACAAGGAAAUACGUUCCAAGGGUCAAUUGACAGAAGGCGUUGGCUUCUUCUCAGUUUCGUAUAACCCCGACGAUGGCCGCCGUAGCAGCGCCAGUGUCGCCUAUAUUCACCCUAUCCUUCACGGCGAGGAGAAGCGUCCCAAUCUAACCAUGCUCACCAACGCCUGGGUGUCUCGUGUCAAUGUGAAUGGCGACACCGUCACUGGGGUUGAUAUUACCCUGCAGUCAGGUGCGAAGCACACUCUCCAACCUAAGAAGGAGACCGUCAUCUGCGCUGGUGCCGUGGAUACACCUAAGCUUCUUCUCCACUCCGGCCUAGGGCCCAAGCAGCAGCUGGCCUCUCUUGGAAUCCCGGUUGUGAAGGACAUUCCCGGUGUGGGCGAGAACUUGAUCGACCACCCGGAGAGUAUUAUCGUGUGGGAGCUCAGCCAACCAGUUCCUCCCAACCAGACGACCAUGGACUCGGACGCAGGCAUUUUCCUGCGGCGCGAGGCACCCAACGCUGCUGGUUCUGACGGACGCGCUGCCGACGUUAUGAUGCACUGUUACCAGAUCCCAUUUUGUCUCAACACGUCGCGUCUAGGAUAUGACACUCCCGUUGAUGCUUUCUGCAUGACUCCCAAUAUCCCCCGCCCUCGCUCACGUGGCCGUCUCUAUCUGACCUCAUCUGACCCCAACGUCAAGCCAGCCUUGGACUUCCGUUACUUCACCGACCCCGAAGGCUACGAUGCCGCUACUAUUGUCACGGGCCUUAAGGCCGCGCGUGAGAUUUCUAAGCAAUCGCCCUUCAAAGACUGGAUUAAGCGCGAGGUCGCCCCUGGCCCGAAGGUGCAGUCCGACGAGGAACUCUCUGAGUACGGCCGUCGCGUCGCGCACACCGUCUACCACCCCGCUGGAACGACCAAGAUGGGCGAUGUGACUCGCGACCCGAUGGCUGUUGUCGACCCCAAGCUGAGAAUCCGUGGUUUGAAGAACGUCCGCAUCGCUGAUGCUGGUGUCUUCCCCGAGAUGCCCACCGUCAACCCUAUGUUGACGGUGCUGGCUAUCGGCGAGCGCGCUGCCGAGUUGAUUGCUGAGGAUGCAGGCUGGAAGCUUGAGCAGCCCAGGCUGUAA